CCCAGCCAGUGUGUGCAGCCUGCCUGCCUGCCGCUGUGUGUGUGUGCGAGCGCGUGUGCGUGCGUCUACUUUGUACUGCGAGGAACACAGCCCAUGUGCUCUGCAUGGACGUUACUGAUACUCUGUGUAGCUUGAUUUUCCACAAGCAGGCAAGAUGUCCAGCACGCCACAUGACCCCUUCUAUUCUUCUCCUUUCGGCCCAUUUUAUAGGAGACACACACCCUACAUGGUACAGCCAGAGUACCGGAUCUACGAGAUGAACAAGAGACUGCAGUCUCGCACAGAGGAUAGUGACAACCUCUGGUGGGACGCGUUUGCCACGGAGUUUUUUGAAGAUGACGCCACGUUGACCCUUUCCUUUUGUCUGGAAGACGGACCGAAGCGAUACACUAUCGGCAGGACCCUCAUCCCCCGCUACUUUAGCACUGUGUUUGAAGGAGGGGUGACUGACCUGUAUUACAUUCUCAAACACUCGAAGGAAUCGUACCACAACUCAUCCAUCACAGUGGACUGUGACCAGUGUGCGAUGGUCACUCAGCAUGGGAAGCCCAUGUUUACCAAGGUGUGUACAGAAGGCAGACUGAUCCUGGAGUUCACCUUUGACGAUCUCAUGAGAAUAAAAACGUGGCACUUUACCAUUAGACAAUACAGAGAGCUGGUCCCAAGAAGUAUUCUCGCCAUGCAUGCACAAGAUCCUCAGGUCCUGGAUCAGCUGUCCAAAAACAUCACCAGGAUGGGGCUAACAAAUUUCACCCUCAACUACCUCAGGUUGUGUGUAAUACUGGAGCCAAUGCAGGAACUGAUGUCGAGACAUAAAACUUACAACCUCAGUCCACGAGACUGCCUGAAGACCUGCCUGUUCCAGAAGUGGCAGCGGAUGGUGGCACCGCCAGCAGAACCCACACGGCAACCGACCACGAAGCGGAGAAAAAGGAAAAACUCCACCAGCAGCACGUCCAACAGCAGCGCCGGGAACGCCGCAAACAGCACUGGGAGCAAGAAGAAGACGCCGGCCGCCAACCUGAGUCUGUCCAGUCAGGUACCUGAUGUGAUGGUGGUAGGAGAGCCAACUCUGAUGGGAGGUGAGUUUGGGGACGAGGACGAAAGGCUAAUCACUAGAUUAGAAAACACGCAGUAUGAUGCGGCCAACGGCAUGGACGACGAAGAAGACUUCAACAAUUCACCUGCCCUGGGAAACAGCAGCCCGUGGAACAGUAAACCUCCCGGCACUCAAGAGACCAAAUCAGAAAACCCCCCGCCCCAGGCUUCCCAGUAAGGCUGACCUGACCGGCACUGGAUCCUUCAUUAGGCCCGUGGGUGAUACUCACUACUUCCGAUCACUAUUCACAGGAGAGAAAGGAGGAGACAUAAAAAACUUUUUCACGCCAAUACCUAUUUCUCAACCACAAUGAUCUGAGUUUCUUUCUUUUACUUUUAUCUUUUGUUUCUUUUUUAACUGAGAGGAUCAUUCCAAAUAAACUUCCAUGACCCUCCCCCGGAGGCCUUCACGGGUAACAUAGAUACUGGCACUGAUCGUACUUAAAACAAGAGCAGAUGCUAACGCUUCUCCUGGCACGGUGUUCACCACGUGUUUGUUAAUUUCCUUUUCCCUGCAUCAGACGAAGGCCACCUCGUCAAUACGCCCUCAGUGCUCAGGAUCCCGUUAUAUGCCGAACCUAACCACAGAUGACUUUUUACUAUUGUAAAAUAUUUUCUGCUUUUUGACUUGCAUCUGAGAGUUUCUUGUUUCAGUAAAAAAAAAAGAAAAGAAAAAUAUCCACUUUGGGAAAAUAAUUUAAAUGUACCUUUUUGGUGUUUUCUUUUUCUUCACUUUUUUUUUUUCAUUGGGUAACAGCCAAGAGGGCCCGGCAGGGUAAUUUAUGGGCGAGCUAAUGCCAAUUGGUUCUCCAGCCCGUGUUGGUGCAGUUGAGCCCGAGUUGGUGCAAUCGAGCCUGAGUGCUGAAACAAGAAAUGUCUUUUUGUCAUCAAAGUCACCACAGCAGAUUUUUAUGUAAGAACGCCACUUGGCCCCUUGAGAAUUUAUGCAUUUGUAAAAUUGCUGUUGAUCCAAAUAUUUUCAAGCCAUGUAAUCCAUUCCUUUUGUGUGCAGUUUAAUAAAUCUGAAACUUCUUUGUGUUUUUUAUUGUAUCUGAGUUGACCGUUGUUUCUUUUCAUCAUAUAUUGCUUGUAUAAUAAUUUGUAAAGCCCUCGCCUGGUUCUUUUAUGGGAUUUUUUUUCCUUUGGGGGCAAUGCCAGUGUAUUUAUGUGAAACUUUAUAAGAGAACUAAUUUUUCCAUUUGCAUAUUAAUAUGUUCCUCUACACAUGUAAAGACACAGUGGCUCCGUGUGUUAUAAAACAGCUGUAUUUUAUGUAUGCUUUACUGAUAAGUGUGCCAAUAAUAAACUGUGUUAAUGA